AUUGUUAUAUCUAUUGUGUAUGGUUUUUCUAUGGCCUACGGGCAGGAGAAAGGUUGUUAUAAAAUGAAAUGAUGUUUUGACAGAUUUUUUUAGAUAAGUUAUUAAUUUGAAUGUGGGAAAAGUGAUACUUGAUAUUUAGCAUUGAAGAAAUAGCAAUAUAAUAAAUUUUCUUCUCUGUUGGUACUUUAAAACAGUGUCAUGGAUACAAAUAUACGAUUUGAGGUGCCGGAAGCCUUGCCUUCGGCGCCACUGCAGCAGCAGACGGUGCCUCUGCCGCCGCCGGCCAACUCUUCAGCCUGCAUGGUGCCCGCUGCAGACCAGAUGAGCGACGGGGAGGACAUCCCGCCGCCCAAGGCGGACUUCUCGGCCCCGCCGCCCUACGAGCUGGCCACCAAGCUGCCCACGUACGACGAGGUGCAGCGAGAGAAGUCCCUGCAGGGCGAGCCGGCCUUCCCCGGCCGCGCCCCGCACGCCCGCGCCCCGCUCGCCUUCCUGGCCAUCGACACGGACGCCGGCGACGGGGACGCCGAGUCGGGGCUCCUCGGCACCGACUUCAUGUUCUUCACCGCGUUCCUGGUCGCGUUCCUGUUCAACUGGAUCGGGUUCCUGCUGCUGAUGUGCUUCUGCCACACGGUCGCGGCGCGCUACGGGGCCCUCUCCGGGUUCGGCCUGUCGCUGGCCAAGUGGACGCUGAUCGUGAAGCACUCCACGGACCUCGCCUCGCGCGAGAACAGCUGGCUGUGGUGGCUCAUCAUGGCCUUCGGGCUGCUGAUCUGCGUGAGAGCCAUCAUCCAGUACCUGAACAUCAAGCGCGGGUGGCGCCUGCUGUCCGGCACGGCCCAGGAGCGGCUUCUGUUCUUCUACUGAGCGUCCCACAUUCCACUUGGCAGCUCCGGGCGUCGGGAGUCAACAUGUUAACUUUUAGUACACUUGAUUGCAUAGAGAGGAAGAUGAUGAGCAAGAUUCCCCACGUAGGUUUAAGCAGUUACGGUAGUUGAACAGCUGUGAUUUACACAUAUAUAAAUUUGUAAAUUAUUUUUUUUUUUUAAGUGAUGUGCUGCAUCUUAGUUAAGUUGACUGAUUAUAGCAACUGAUGUUAAAAAAUGUUUAUUGUAUAAAAAAAAACCUCUAUCACUAGUGUUGGUGUUUGCAGUAUGAGAUGUGAUUUUUAAAAAGCUUCUUCUUCUUUUUUUUAAAAAAUCCUUUAUUUAGCCUUUUCUGUGUGUCACUGUAUAUCGCAUGGAUUUUUAUUUCUAAUGUUUUUAAUCAAUGGUGCAUACAUCUACAUGUAACAUAAUUAUUCAAGCUUGAUAUUUAAUAAAGUUUCACGUAGUGUUUGA